AAGCAGGAGAGCUUUUUAAGAAUGAUCUGAGAAGAUGUUGUGUGUUUUCUGCAUUUGGUGGGUGGCCUAAGGGGGGCAAAAUAACACUAAAGCAAUGUGCAAUUCAGUUAUGCAAGUAAUGCAAGCUCAGUUGUAUCAGGAUACAAAUCAGUCUGAGUCUGUAAAGUGGCUCAUGUGAUCCAAAACAGUGGCUACCUCAACCUGUUUUCAAAGGACUCUGGGGGGGCGUGAACCCCCAGCCAGCACAUGAGACACUAGGAUGGAGGAAGACGCCCCGGCACGACCAGUAGAGUUUGGAAAUGUCAAAUCAGUGGUCGCUAUUAGAGUUUACAGCGCGCCUCACGCAGCCAAUCAGCGGGCUGGAGUCAGCUCAGCCUCUGCCGGAGUUGUUUUGGUGCCAGAGCUCAGUGUGAUACUGUGCGUAAAAUCUACCUGUCAUACGCAGCAGCGGUGCCAUGGCGGGCAGAGCUCCGCGAGCAAAGUCCAUCCCUGCGCCCACGGAAUAACUUCCUUUCCCUCUCGGAUGCCAUAUGUUGUGCUACGAUGGCAGUUUUCCUCAAAACUGAUCAUGUGAAGUAGAGAGGUGGCUGCGUCCGUCUCCAUCGACUCAGUUGCGCCGAGGAACGAUGCUGGAGAAAGCUGCGGGAGGAUUUUCCAACACAGCUACCAGACUGCCAAAUCUUUUGGAUUGAUCCACUAGACGUUUGAAGCUGCCAUCAUGGAGAGCCUCAGUGAGCUGCAGAACCCCCUGCUAGACAAAACCAGCAGACACGUGGUGCACAACGAUUACCAGGGUUACCAGUGUGACUACCCGAGCCAGCCUUACCAGGACAGCCUAAUUGGCUACUACUACAAUGAGACUAAUGGCAAGCAUAAGACUCAACAGUUCCUGGAUGCCACAUCCCUGCAUCUAGCCGUGGAGGCCUUCUACAGGCCCAACUUCAUCCUGUACAAGGAUGACGUGAGUCUUCACAGCAAGGACUCCAAGAGCGAGAGCUUUGAGACCACUUUCACAGAGAGUAAGGACACUGUGCUGGAUGGAGUUUCCACAGAAAACCCUCUGGACAGCAUACAAGGAGAGAAAGAUGUGAAUAUCCAGACGGUGUCGUACGAGGUGGAGGAGGAGCAGGGUCCUGAGUAUGAGAGUGACAGCUCCAGUGACAGUGAAAGUGAGGACAACUUCAUCGUGCUGCCCCCUCGGGACUACCUGGGCCUAGCCAUCUUCUCCAUGCUCUGCUGCUUCUGGCCCUUGGGCAUCGUUGCCUUUUACUACUCUCACAAGACUGGCAAGGCCAUCGCUAAGGGAGACUUCUCCAGAGCAGGAAUGAGCUCCAGAAGAGCUCUAUUCCUGGCUGCCCUUUCCAUCACCAUUGGAACAGGGAUGUAUGUGGGGGUGGUUGUGGCCCUCAUAGCCUACCUGUCCAAGCCUGGACACGUAUAGCACUGGGACUGGUUUGCUUGGGGGGAGAGAAGGAGGAAGCAAGAUGGGAGGAAGGGAAGAGACAAGGUUGGACAGAUCACCCCUCCUGAAGGCGUGUGCCCAAGCUGCUGCGUGGCUGUCUGUGAAAAGAAGCAGCUAUACGAAGAGAAAAUGCUUAACCAGAAAGACAGAGAAAACAAGAUAAAACAACAUGAGCGGAUGGGGUACCCUAUUACUUGGACUGCAUCCAGACUGAAUCUUUACUUCUGGGAUGAAACACUCCCACUGAGGUAUUCCACCACCACCGCACCAAGAAGAAAAACAGUGCAGCGAUGACUACACUUCCACAAAUACAGUACAGGCUGUACAUGCUGUACCUAUAUGUUAGACAAAAAACUGAGCUCAUAGCAGUAAAGAACUACCUACCGUUGACCACAUUAGUCGUCUACAGCCGUUUUAUUUUAGAUUUAUAGUAGAUGUAUUCUCUGUCAAUACUAUUGCAGAUUGUGUAUUGUCCACUUUGUAAUUUCUUGGAAAAACAGUCAGUCGGUGGGUUUUUAUGUGAUUGUUUAUUCAAGGAAUAUACCAGAAAUUGAUCCAGUCAGUAAACAGAGAGAAAUGGAGCCUUAAUUGAAAGAGGACAAAGGUGAUUCUCACAGUGUACACAAGGUUGCUGAG